CGCCUUCUCUUCUGCUUCCGCGGGGUCCGGGAGGCGGCGGGCGGCCAGGUGGGCCGGGAAGGAGCCGAGUGAUUUAAUGAUGCUCUGUAACAUUUUUCUAAGUCUGAAGCUUUCUGUGCCUGUGGAUCUCAGAAUUUGCUAAGAGAUGGAGGAGCCUCCACACAACGAUCUGAGCACAAUGACCCAUGAGAAUGGUGACCCCCUCCAGAGCACCAGCCCUCAGAUUUCCGUUAGUGAAUUUUCUUGCCACUGCUGCUACGACAUCCUGGUUAACCCCACCACCUUGAACUGUGGGCAUAGCUUCUGCCGGCACUGCCUAGCUUUAUGGUGGGCCUCUUCAAAGAAAACAGAGUGUCCGGAAUGCAGAGAAAAAUGGGAAGGUUUCCCCAAAGUCAAUAUUCUCCUCAGGGAUGCCAUUGAAAAAUUAUUUCCUGAUGCCAUUAAAAAGCGACAUGAAGACAUUCACCAGAAUAAUGACAUAGUCCAGAGUCUUGCAGCCUUUCAGAAAUACGGGCACGAUCAGGUUCCUUUAGCUCGGAACACAGGCCGAGCGAAUCCACAGAGAGGUGGGGGAUUCUUCUCCGGGGUGCUCACCGCUUUAACUGGUGUGGCAGUGGUCCUGCUCGUGUACCACUGGAGCAGCAGGGAAUCUGAGCACGACCUCCUGGUCCACAAGGCUGUGGCCAAGUGGACAGCAGAAGAAGUUGUCCUCUGGCUGGAGCAGCUGGGCCCGUGGGCCUCUCUCUACAGAGACAGGUUUUUAGCGGAAAGAGUAAAUGGAAGGUUGCUUUUAACCCUGACAGAGGAAGAAUUUUCGAGGGCGCCAUAUACCAUAGAAAACAGCAGCCACAGAAGAGCCAUCCUCCUGGAACUGGAGCGUGUCAAAGCCCUAGGUGUGAAGCCUCCUCAAAAUCUCUGGGAAUAUAAGGCUGUGAACCCAGGCAGGUCCCUGUUCCUGCUGUAUGCCCUCAAGAGCUCCCCAAGACUCGGUCUGCUGUACCUCUAUCUAUUUGACUACAAGGACACCUUCCUACCCUUUAUCCACACCAUCUGCCCGCUGCAAGAAGACAGUUCUGGGGAGGACAUCAUCACCAGGCUUCUGGAUCUUAGAGAGCCCACAUGGAAACAGUGGAGAGAAUUCCUUGUCAAGUACUCCUUCCUUCCGUACCAGCUGAUUGCCGAAUUUGCUUGGGACUGGCUGGAGGUCCAUUACUGGACGUCACGGUUUCUCAUCGUCAAUGCCAUGUUACUCUCGGUUCUGGAAUUAUUCUCCUUUUGGAGGAUCUGGUCAAGAAGUGAACUGAAGACCGUGCCUCAGAGGAUGUGGAACCAUUUUUGGAAAGUAUCAACACAGGGGCUUUUUGUGGCCAUGUUCUGGCCCCUCAUUCCUCAGUUUGUUUGCAACUGUUUAUUUUACUGGGCCCUGUACUUCAACCCAAUUAUUAACAUCGAUCUCGUGGUCAAGGAAGUCCGACGGCUGGAAACCCAGGUGUUGUGACUGGCACUGCCCAGGCCCUGGGGGACUCUUCUGGCCUCCUUGACAUCGGAGCACUGAUGCUUGAGCAGGAGGGGGGGGGCGGGCAGACUUCCUAUUUCUACGCCUCGUGAACAAGGUGCUGCUUUGUCUGUCAGAGGCUCCAACCAGGUCCUCUCUCCCUCUGCCUUUGGCAUCAUGGCAGUAGGGACUGACAGCCCAGAGCUCGGCCGACACAGCGGCAGCACCUCCCAGCCAGCCACCCUCCUCACGGAGACCAGGGAGGCCCGGUCCACCGCGGCUCUCAAGGACCUGGGUCCCCAGAGGAUGCAGUGUGGUGACAGCAGAAGGCUGCUGCGUCGGUGAUCCCACUGGACAGAGGUUCCCAGCGCGAGUUGCAGCCUAGGGCUGAGCUGGAGACCUGGCUUGUUGGGGCCAGGCCUGUCCCCUAAGGCGAAUUUAGGGAAAAAACUAGGAGAAGAUUUUGUCAUAGGCAUAGACAGUUGCACAUGAACAAUACAGAGGAAAAGCCCACAUCUGAUGGACGAUUCUGUAUUAUGAAAGAGUUGCUAGAAGGUUUGUCAGAGUGAAGCAUCUAAAAGGAUUCCAUGUGAGACCACACUGUCAUCAGAUUUUCCACGUAUAAUCGCUACGAGUUUGGAUUCCUGACUCGGGGCUGGGGAUUGAGUAGGAUGUCAGGCAAUAACGGAGAGUAAUUCACGUGGGGCUGAGCUGCCUCGGUGCCACUUACAAUGAUUGUUGUGGGGUUGGUUUGUUUUGUUUUCGGGAAUUUAAUAUCCAGGAUAAUCCUUUUGUUCAAGGAAACGUUUUGUACAUUGACCUCGCACUGUAUGAUCUUACUGUCCUGUUCUGAUGUAUAAAACAGCAAGUAUAAUUACACCAAGUGCUGUCAUUGUAAAUACGAAUGAGAUGAAGCAGGGCCUUUUCUUUCCUUCCAGUGUAAAGAUAGCAGGUGUGGACGGGAGCCGCCCGGAGAUCGGCCCCGCAGAGGUAAGCUUGCGCCCAGUGUUGUUUGAUGACUCUAUGAACCCUUCAUUUAUCCUUUGGACCUUUGGAAGAUUUCCCUCAAACUUUGCACCCGAAAGUUUGAAGCAAUCACUUGAAAGCAAAAUAAAGGUUUUUAUAUAGAUAAAAGUGCUACC